UCAAUCUCAAUCUCGAAACCCUAAAUUCUGUUCUUAGAUUUUCAGUUCCGCAGAUUUGAUUGGGUCAUUGAUAGUAAUAUAGCAUAUCGUCAAUUGUAAUAGAGAUUGUGAGAUUUCUUCUAUCUGUCCACUGCCGCGUCUAUAACUGAAUCGUCGUCACAGAUUAAUUUGAUGGAGUUCUUCAUCCUAAAUGCAUUUUUUUUUUUUCUGAUUGUCCUGUUCCUUGUAACGAUUCUGAAAGUUUGAAUAUUUAGAGUUUUCUUACAUGGUAUAGGAUAACUUCUUCCGGACAAAAUGUGUUUUUUUUUAGGAUUACACUUAUCAGACUCUGUAAAUUGGUACAACACCGAGAAUGGUGAAGAAAACGAUGGAGAAAGGAUUUAAGCUGAUUUUGGGCUCUCAAUCCAUGGCGAGAAAGCGGAUUAUAGCUGAAAUGGGAUAUGAUUUCACUAUUGUGACUGCAGAUAUUGAUGAGAAAGCUAUUAGGAAACACAAGCCUGAAGAUUUGGUUGUAGCUGUUGCUGAAGCCAAAGCAAACGAGAUUAUAUCGAAACUGGGAGGUGAAAGCCAGUUUGCACAAGAUCAUCAACCAACUCUAUUGAUUACUGCAGAUACUGUUGUUGUGUACAAAGGUGUCAUUAGAGAAAAACCAACCAGUAAAGAAGAAGCUCGCGAGUUUAUCAAAGGCUAUUCCGGUUCACACGGUGGCGUUGUGGGAUCUGUUAUUGUAAGAAACUUGCAAACUGGAGUUAGAAGAGGUGGGUGGGAAAAAGCAGAGGUUUAUUUCCAUGAGAUACCAGAGCAAGUCAUCGACGACCUUAUUGAUGAUGCAAUCACUUUCAAGGUUGCUGGAGGUUUGAUGCUGGAGCAUCCCCUCAUUUCACCUUUUAUCGAUUCCGUGAUGGGAGGAGUUGAUACAGUUAUGGGACUUCCUAAAGAACUCACUGAAAAAUUCAUCAACGAUGUGUUGUAGCUCAAGCCACUUUUUGAUUGUGUAGGAAGGUUUAGAUAUAAAUACUUUUGUAUAUCUAAUCAAUCUUGAAAUCAUUUUAAAUGUGUCCAAAGAAAAGUUAUGAUGGCAAUCAAAUAUAUUAAGACUACGAAAGAGA